AUGAAGCAGAGUCUUCUCGCCACCAUCGCUCUGGCGUCUCUCGUAUCGACCGAGUACGUCUGGCCGUCUAUUUACGAUGAAAUCGAGGACCAUCUCUCCCUGCAGGGCGGCUACCUGCGCAGGGGCUUCAUCGAUGGUGUGAUUACGUGCGGCUUCGGCACCAACAUCCAAGGCCGCCAGAACUCAGCCGAAUGGAUCCGAAGCGCCUUCCACGAUAUGGCGACACAUGACGCCGCAGCCGGCACGGGUGGCCUAGACGGGUCCAUCUUCUUCGAGCUGGAUCGCGCCGAAAACAUCGGUGAAGCCUUCAACAACACAUUCGGCUUCUUCAGCAGCUUCUACUCUGUCCGCGCUUCGGCCUCAGACUUGUUGGCGAUGAGCGUUCUCGUCGCCAGCUUCUCAUGCGGCGGCAUCAAGAUCCCCUUUCGCGCCGGCCGUAUCGACGCACAGGAGGCUGGCCCUGCAGGCGUUCCUGAACCGCAGACUGAUUUAGAGGCCACCCAGGCCGCCUUCACCAAGGCCGGCUUUUCGACUCAGGACAUGAUUGCCAUGGUGGCUUGUGGUCACUCCCUUGGAGGCGUCCAUAGUACCGACUUCCCUGAACUCGUGGGCGUCGAGGCGGAUCCGAACAACGACACCGUCGCCCACUUCGAUGUCGAGUUCGCCCAGUUCGACAACGGUGUUGUAACCGAGUAUCUGGACGGGACAACGAAGAACCCUCUCAUCGUUGCGACUAACGACACGCUCAACUCGGACAAGCGUAUCUUUGGUGCCGACGGCAACAAGACCAUGCAAGCGAUGGCCGACCCGAACACCUUCCAAACCAUGUGUGCCGACAUCUUCACUCGCAUGAUUGAUACCGUGCCUGCAAAUGUCAAGCUCAGCGACCCCAUCGUCGCAACCGACAUCAAGCCCUACAUUAGCGGCCUGUUCCUCAAGGACGAUGGCAACAUUUCUUUUGGAGGUCGUAUCCGCAUUCGAACUUCUGCCGAGACCGGUCGCGACCCGAAUGACUUAUCUGUUCAACUUACCUACGCGGAUCGUGACGGCAACGGCGCUACGGUCAUCACCACGAGGAAAGCGACGUUCCAGGGAGGCUCUGCUUCGGGCCUGUGGAGAGAGUCAUUCCGCUACUGGGAGUUCGACACUGCCAUCAGUCCCGAUACUGGAAUCAGCAAGUUCUACAUCCACGUCACGAAGACCUCCACAAACGAGACGAUCACAUACGAUAAUGCCGGCAACGGAUACCCAAUGAACGAUGGUCUUCUGUAUCAACAGGCCCAAUCCUGCAUCGAUACCGACGCGGUUGAUGGGAAGGUGGUAGUCACAAUCAAGGCCCUCGUACGCAAGGAUCGCCUGCCUGCCGCCGCAGACGGCCUGACUCUGGAUCUUGUUCACAAGGUCCGCAGGCAAGGGGUUAUCGUUCCAAAGUUGGAGACGGAGACAAUCAACUUCCAGUCCACAGGAGCAGAGACGGGGCAGUGGGCCGUCUACAAUGCCACCGGGUUGCUCGCAAGAGAUAGUUGGAGCACUAGCUUCGACAUCAAGUUAGGAGGAGAGAACCCCCUUGAGGUUGCGUUCCAGAAGACCGGCGCACUAACCGCCGACGCUUGCUCCUAG